AUGAAGUAUAGCGCUACUGUAUUGAGUGCCCUAACGGCUUCCGUUACAGGGGCCAACCUUGCCGCCAAUAGUUUAGAUUACCAAGAUGUAUUUGCAAAUGCCGCGGAUGGUGAUACCGUUGAGCUAGCAGCAGGAGACUAUGUUGUCACAUCACCUAUUGUAUUAGACAAGAAACUGGAAGUGAUUGGUGAAGGUGCAAAUUUUGUUGUCGGGUCUGCCGCGGACGCCGUGUUCGCAUUCGGCAACAUGCAAGGAUAUGCCUCCACGCUAGAUAAAAUUAGUGUAUCCACGGUCGGUGGAACAUCAUGCAGUCUUGGUGAACCGUAUGCUUUGCAAGCCAAUUUCAGUAUCGAGAUCCUCGAGGCUUAUGUUCGAAACAACAACGUUAAUCUCAGAACCGAUGUCGGCGUUUGGCACAACGAGCGAAAGCUCAAUGAUUUUUAUUUCGAGGAUUGUCACUACGCCGUAGACCACCCAGACAAGAUGUCUGGCGGGGUCUACAAGCUGAUGGGAAGUUGUCGCUCAGAGUUGGAUUUCAGUGUAGCCUUCAAUAAACUCGGGGGAGCACAUCCCAACGGAUGUGGCACCACUAUCAAAGAAUAUGGCCGAUUCACCUCGUACGAAGCAGAUAUCGAAGCCCAGUGGGAUGAAUUCGUCGAAAAGAUUGAUGAUGCCGAUGACCAACAAAUUGACACUGUUGCAAACGUCGCAGCCACAAUCAACUCCAAGUGGAACAACACAUUCGGAUGCGAUCCCACCAGCGAUGCUGACUGUCCGGCGAACUGCUACCCUGGUUCGCAAGCCGUAGGCUGCCAACCCACCGGUUGCGACCCAACAGCCACCCAAGACUGUCCUGAAACUUGCCACAUAUACUCGACAGAUCCAGCUUGCUAUCCUGACGGAUGUGACCCCGCAACUGAUUCUUUGUGUCCACCCACCUGCAACCUGUACUCAACUGACCCUUCAUGCUACCCAGGUGGUUGUGAUCCCGACACCAACCCCAGUUGUCCAAGAGAAUGUGCACUAGGUUCCACCGAGCCCGAGUGCAACACUGGUGGUUGCGAUCCCGAUGUGGAUGAGAACUGUCCGGUGUCUUGCAGACCUGGUUCAGUUGACCCUGCCUGUCAGCCCAAUGGAUGCACCAUCGAGACAAAUAUUUAUUGUCCCCCGCAGUGUCAUAUCUAUUCCACUGAGCCCGAGUGCUACAACCCUGGAGGUUGCGAUCCUGAUGUUAUCAAAGACUGUCCCGAGACUUGUUCGGAAGGUUCAACGCUACCCGAGUGUAACCCAGGAGGCUGUGACCCCACUGACCCUGAGCAACACUACGGAUGUCCCGCAGAGUGUAACAUGUAUUCAACAGCACCGGAAUGUAACCCAUACACAGGUCCCAUUACCGGCUCUGUUACCGCCAAAGCAAUCCACGCUGCCACCGGAAACCCGUUGGUUGGAGUACCAGCGGAGCUUAUUGACCAGACAGGUACUGUUGUAGACACUCAGUUGACCAACGAGCUUGGAGUUGUCUCUUUCAUUGAGGUAUCUGAGGGACCAUUCACUGUUAAGAUUGUUCCUGUGGUCACUGAUCCCACAUAUGGAACGGUUGAACUUGUUGGAGAUCCCGACCCCGUUAUUGAUGGAGAAACGAGCGUGGUAGUAACCAGAGGUCAGACAAGCAAUGCUGGUGUGUUCCCUUACGACAAUGAAGGUACCAUUACUGGUCGACUUACGGCUGGAGAUUUCGAUACCCCUCUCAUUGGCGAGCCAGUUCAGCUUAAGAACGGUGCCGGUGAAGUUGUCGGUUCUACUGUUACUGAUAGCGAGGGACGAUACGCUUUCGUUAAGUUGAGCACAUCCCCUCAAGACUACCAGGUCAUUGCUCCUGAGAUCAGUCUGUUCGAUGAUGUUCUUGAAGAUGAGCCUUUCGAGGAGAGUGAUGGUGCCCUUGAUGGUCUUUACUCUGUGUCCAUUUCUCCCACUGCCAACUCUGUCGCGAACGUUGAUUUCCACUACGUUGCACCACCAGCACCAGUUGACCCCACAAGCAACAUCACCGGUAAGCUAUAUACAACUACUACUGGUGAACCAAUCGAAGGAGUGACUGUCGAGCUAACCGACCCUCUUACCAACGAAGUGAUUGCAACCACCACAACCGGUCCCGACGGAACAUACACCUUCUUGGAAGUCAUCCCAGGAACAACUUACAUCGUCGACACUCCCCCUGAGAACCCCAACGACCCAACAUCGAUUCUAACAAAGGAUUACCACGACCCCACCAAGAGUGGAACUGAUACUCCUUUGUUCGUAACCCCUGGAACCGAGAUAAAAAAUGUCAAUUUCGGAUACACACCGCCAGCCACCAUUGCUGGUAAUGUCCGUAACACACGUGAUGAAAUGAUUGCAGGUGUAGAGGUAUCUCUCGUCAGCGCCAAUGGAGAGACUGUUGAGACCACAAUUACUGAUAUUGACGGUAACUACAAGUUCGAGGACAUCUUCAACGUUGACGUGUACACUGUCACGAUCACUAAGCCUGAUGAGUACUUGCUACAUACCGAUGAGUUCGAUGCCGAAGGUCUUAAGGUGCUGAACGGUCAAUCACCCGUUGAUUUCCGAGGCGAGUCGAUCAGUGAUGUCAACUUCGUUCUAACACAAGAGAACUCGAUUACCGGAACUGUCACUAUGGAGGAUGGAACUCCCAUCGAGAAUGUUCCAGUUACCCUCAUUCCCCAGAACGGUGAGCCCACUCAAAUCACUACCACCGGCCCCAACGGUGAGUACACUUUCGAUGACGUCCUUCAAGGAGAGCACUAUGUUGAUGUGCCCUUGAAUCUAGGAGGUGGCAUCGUUCUUACCACUGAUCCUGAUGACAAUGUAGACGGUCACACUGUUGUGAUCGUCGAUGAACCCAACACGGCCACAGUUGUGCCCCCUUAUAAAUAUGAUGUACCUGUCGCUGUCCACCUUGGUAGUCUCACUGGUGAGACGCUCAUCGCUAACACUCUAGUGCCUAUCAAUGAUGUGACCGUUGAACUUCAGGAUUCUACUGGUUUCGUUGUGGCAACCACACAAACCGAUGAGCAAGGAAAGUUCGUUUUCACUGAUCUUCCUGCCGCAGUUUACACCGUUGUUGCUCCGCUCAACACCACUUCCAUCAUUGGUGAUGUUCACAUGACUGACGAUCCCGAUCACAGUGACCCCGUUGAUGGAGUAGUUUCUACCGUUAUUGUGGACAGUAACCCUGCCACUCUACCCCCAUUCCUGUACACGCUCUCUGUGAUCCCCGCUGGUUGCGAUCCCGGAGUGGAUCCCAAUUGCCCCGCCACUUGCAACCCUUACUCCACAGCCCCCGCAUGCAAUCCCCCAGGAUGCACUCCCGGUGUGGAUGCCGACUGUCCCGUUACCUGCACUGAAGGCUCUGCUGACCCUGCUUGCAACCCGGGUUGUGACACCGUCAACGAUCCUAACUGCCCCGCGACAUGCAGCCCUUACUCGACCUCGGCGGCCUGCAACCCCCCUGGAUGUGAUCCGGCACUGAACGAUGGCUGCCCUGUAACAUGUGUUGUUGUAUCAACCGACCCAGCCUGUAACCCAGGAGGUUGUGAUCCUGUUUCCGACCCUGAUUGUUCUCAAGGCUGCCACCCAUACUCCACCGCCCCCGCAUGUAACAUUGGUGGCUGUGACCCCGCUGCUGAUGCGGAUUGCCCAGCUGAGUGCACACCAUACUCCACCGAUCCCGCAUGUAGCCACAACGGUUGUGACCCAGACACUGAUGCUGGUUGCCCAUCUACGUGCACCUUGUAUUCCACCGAUCCCGAAUGUGGACCCCAGCCCCCUGUAUUCGACAUUGAGGCCGCUAUCAACUUGGUUGAUGUAGGUUUCUUCGACGGCUGGAAUCACUCCAAGAUUCGCUUGGAGACUCACUUGCCUUCACCCUUCACCAUCGAGGGAGGACUGGUCGGUAUUGUUGGCAUGAGAGAAGGGAGCUUCGAGGCCGAGGUCGGAUCCAUCUCUAGUUAUGUAUUCGAACCGGCUUGCAACGGUAUUGCUGACGAUGCGGAAUGUAUCCAGAAUGUCGAGUUCGACCUUGUGGCGUGCGAUCUAACUGGCGAGUACUCGCUUGAGGGUCUCAUCGUUACUUGCCAGGAACAGGACGCCAGCGGCAAUCCUCAGGCGUGUCCCGCUUUGACUGACGCUCAGAUUUUCCAGCCCAACGUCAUCUUCUUCAUUGAUACCAACAACUUCUGCGAGGUAGAGGAGUUCGAGCUUGAUGCCCUAUUCGACUUGUCGAUCGAGGUAUACGAUGCCGCAGACUACGCCAUUACUGAUGAUACUUCCGCCAGUGGAGUAUCUCUGUACAACGCCGAGGUGACCUACGUUGAACGCACGACUGAUGGUGAUUGUUCCGCAUUUGGGGACUACAUGGGCGAUAUCGCUGGUAACGCUGAUUUCAGUCAGACCUACGAGCCAAACGACCAGACCAUCUCAAUGCCUUUCCAGGUUACAUCCCAGAUGGCCUGUGCCACCUCAGACCGUACCGGUAACGCCAUCACCAUGAACUUCACUGUUCUGGUUGAUUACGAUGAUGGAUCUGCCCGUCGUCGUCGUUCCCUCGAGGGUAUGAACACCCGUGAUGCGGGCGAGGUAGCUGUAGACAAGGAAGCUGGUGUUCGUUACACCGCAGAAGACCUUGCGCAGGCUGCUGCUGUUGGCGCCGGUGCCGCCGCAGGUGCCACGGCGGCAGCUCAUGAGGAAGAGAGCAACAUGAUGAUGAUUGGCGGUGCGGUUGCCGCUGUUCUCUUGCUAUGCUUGUGCUGUUGCUGCUGUGUUGCCGCUGGCGUGCUUGUUAUGCGCCGACGUGCACAGAGAAGCAAACAGGAAGAGUCUCUAGUGUCACAACAAUCCGCUAUGGGGUUCGCGAAUGGUGCUUCUACCAUGAGUUUCGCUGGUCAACCUGGUCAAUCAAAGAUUUAAACAAGAUAUAUAGUCACACCAGAAAUAAUUAGAAUAAAUUGAC